GGCCCAGCUGAGCUGGGAGGAGGGGUGGUGCGGAGCAGCACAGAGAGCCACGGAGAAGUGGGACUGUGGGGGGCGCCCUGGCUUGGAAGUCACCAGAGAUCCAAGUUCAAGUUCUGGCUCUAUGACUUUGGACAAUUCACUGAACAUUUCUGUCCCCCAAAUGAAAAGGAGGCUGGAGAUGACGUUCUUUCGGCUGUGAAGACGAUCCACUGCCACUGAGGGUGGGACUUGAGCUGGUCUGGGAAAGAGGCUUCAGUCCGCAGGCAGAGGACUCAAAUUCAAAGCGGCACCAGGUAACAGCCCUCCACUGAUGCUGGGCACCGGCACCACUGCAGCUGGGACCACCGUGAUUGGUGAGGAUGCUGGCAGGCCUCGGGCGCCAAGAGGAACAAGAGCAUUUGGAAUACCAGCCUCCUGGAAGUAAAUUGCAUCUGAAAACCCGCAAACUCAGCCUAGGGUGGCACCGACACCGGACCAUGCAAGCCCACGAGUUGUUCCAGUACUUCCGCCUGCCGGAGCUGGCUGACUUCCGCCAGUACGUCCGCACUCUGCCCACCAACACGCUCAUGGGCUUCGGCGCCUUUGCGGCACUGACGACCUUCUGGUACGCCACGAGACCCAAGGCCCUGAAGCCGCCGUGCGACCUGUCCCUGCAGUCGGUGGAGGUGGCGGGUAGUGAUGGUGCUCGGAGGUCCCCCCUGCUUGCUAGUGAUGAGCCCCUGGAGUGUUUCUACGAUGACGUCAGGACCUUAUACGAAGGUUUCCAGAGGGGCAUACAUGUGUCAAAUAACGGCCCUUGCUUAGGCUCCCGCAAACCAGACCAGCCCUACGAAUGGCUUUCAUACAAGCAGGUGGAAGACCUGUUGGAGUGCGUGGGCUCGGCGCUGCUGCAGAAGGGCUUCAGGGCCGCCCCCGACCAGUUCAUCGGCAUCUUCGCUCAGAACAGACCUGAGUGGGUCAUCAUCGAACAGGGAUGCUUUGCUUACUCGAUGGUGAUCGUGCCCCUCUAUGACAGCCUCGGCUCCGAAGCCAUCACUUACAUAGUCAACAAAGCGGAACUGUCUGUGAUUUUUGUUGACAAGCCAGAGAAGGCCAACAUGUUGCUAGAAGGUGUAGAAAACAAGUUGACACCAGGCCUUAAAAUCAUAGUUGUCAUGGACUCCUACGGCAGCAGUCUGCUGGAACGAGGCAAGAAGUGCGGGGUGGAGGUCAUCAGCAUGAAGGCCAUGGAGGACCUGGGACGAGCAAACAGGAGGAAGCCCAAGCCUCCAGCACCUGACGAUCUUGCAGUGGUCUGUUUCACCAGUGGAACCACAGGCAACCCCAAAGGAGCUAUGCUCACCCACCGGAACAUAGUGAGUGACUUUUCGGCUUUUGUGAAAGUGACAGAGAACAUUGUCAACCCCUCCCCAGACGAUGUGCUGAUCUCUUUCUUGCCUCUUGCCCAUAUGUUUGAAACAGUUGUCGAGAAAGCAAUUGUCCUGAAUGGCAGUGACACACACAUUUCCUACCUACCACUUGCACACAUGUUUGAACAGCUCAUGCUGUGUGUGAUGCUGUGUCACGGAGCUAAGAUAGGAUUUUUCCAAGGAGAUAUCAGGCUGCUCAUGGAUGACCUCAAGGCGCUUCAACCCACGAUCUUCCCCGUGGUCCCAAGGCUGCUGAACCGGAUGUUUGACCGAAUUUUCGGACAGGCAAACACCACCCUGAAGCGAUGGCUGUUGGACUUCGCCUCCAAGAGGAAAGAAGCGGAGCUGCGCAGCGGCAUCAUCAGAAACAACAGCCUGUGGGACAAGCUCAUCUUCCGCAAAAUACAGUCGAGCCUGGGAGGGAAGGUCAGGCUGAUGGUCACAGGAGCUGCGCCUGUCUCUGCCACCGUACUGACCUUUCUGCGGGCUGCACUUGGCUGCCAGUUCUACGAAGGCUACGGGCAGACCGAGUGCUCGGCGGGCUGCUCCCUGUCCAUGCCCGGAGACUGGACAGCAGGCCACGUCGGGGCCCCCAUGCCUUGCAGUUGGAUAAAACUGGUUGACGUGGAAGAAAUGAACUACCUGGCUGCCAAGGGCGAGGGCGAGGUGUGUGUGAAAGGGCCAAACGUGUUUCAAGGCUAUUUGAAGGACCCAGCAAAGACAGCGGAAGCUCUGGACAAAGACGGCUGGCUGCACACGGGGGACAUUGGGAAAUGGCUGCCAAACGGUACCUUGAAAAUCAUCGACAGGAAAAAGCAUAUAUUUAAACUGGCACAAGGAGAGUACAUAGCACCUGAAAAGAUCGAAAAUAUCUACCAGCGAAGUGAACCUGUUGCGCAGGUGUUUGUCCACGGAGAGAGCUUGCAGGCAUUUCUCAUAGCAAUUGUGGUCCCCGACAUCGAGACACUGGGUCUCUGGGCCCGGAAGAGAGGGCUGGAAGGGUCUUUCGAAGAGCUGUGCCGGAACAAGGAUGUCAGAAAAGCUAUUCUGGAAGACAUGGUGAGAAUUGGGAAGGAGUCCGGACUGAAAACCUUUGAACAGGUCAAAGGCAUUUACCUCUGCACUGAAUUAUUCUCUGUCGAGAACGGCCUUCUGACCCCAACGAUGAAGGCUAAAAGGCCGGAGCUUCGGAAUUACUUCCGGUCACAGAUAGAUGAACUUUAUUCCACCAUCAAAGUUUAACGGGAGGAGGAAAGCUCAGAAGAAACCACACACCUCCACGAUCUUCUUCUACUGGUGGCCUUCACGUCGGUGACUUUGAUGACAGCGAGCGCGCGGAAGGGGAGGAAUGUUCAUGCCUGACUUGUGCACUUGGGGUCCUCAUCACAGGAGCAUUAGAGGAAGUGGGACACUGCCUUACGGUCACCUCGCGUGGCAGACCAUGUGUAUAUGUGGACAUAUAGAUAUAUAUACAUAUGGUGACACACAAUUUCCAAAUCGAGCCUUAAAAAUUAAGGGGGAACUGCAAACGUGCGAAGUCAUUCUCGACCUUCCUCAGUUCAGAAGGCGGGUGUGAGCGCGUCCACCUCCCUGUUUCCGUAACCGAGGAGUUAAGACUUGGCUGAGAGUCUGCUGCUCUGAGGAGUCCAGUGCACUGGAAGGGAACUGUCCCUUACGAGCAACUGUCCCCGCUGGAGAGUGUCACAAGUGGACCAGAGAUUUUUUUUCUUGACCCCUGUCACCCUCCCUUCUGCCUCUCACACACACUCUCACCCCUCUUUUGAUGAAGGCCGAUGAACCCCGUAUUUCUUCACAAUCCCCGCAUCUCCCCGUGGAUCAGAAGGUCCCCAGCGAAGCCAGGGACAGGCCAGGUCAGCACAGUGCAGAUGCCGAGUCUCAGACGAGCAGCUCCUGGCCGGGCCGAGCAGGUUCUGGCGGCCACACAGCAGAUGCCCCCGGAGCCUCCUCUGCCCCAGGGAUCGUGGACAGAAAUCCGCCUUGGACUCCGCAGUGAAAGCAAGCAUUUCCGGGAAGAACUAGUUACCCAGAACGACCGUGCUCAACUGUGACACCCUCAUAACUGUCCACCAUCGUCACUGAACCGUCCCUCUGUCUGUGAUGGCCAAUGGGUUUUUAAUGUGGUUUUCAUAUCAAAAGUUCAUGUUGUGAUUAACUGGCCUUUCCCCCAGAAUAAACUCUCAGGCAAGGCAUGUCUUUGGUGAUAUUAAGGGGGUAGAUAGACUUGGGUACCUGCGGAAAUGGACAGUAAUAAACAAACGCUUCCCUGUCAUGCUACCUGAUUUCCGUGAAAUGUGUUUGACAAGCCAAAAUUCUAGGGUGUAGAAAUCUGGAAAACUCGUGUCCUGGGGUUAACCACCCCAGGGAUUUUUUUGUUUUUUCAGUUAAUUUGGGAAAUUAGCAGCUCUUCACUUGACUGCAAGUCUUUGCCACACGCGCCUGAAUCACGCUGCGUGGGAAGCGGUCGUUUCUGGGUGUGUGAGAGUACACGCGUCACACGACGUAGGGUUUGCACUCAAGAAGCAUCACUGUAGUAACACUGUUGGGUAGCCUGACUUCGUACGUGUGUUCUUCACUGCACAGAAAGUCAAUAAUUUGUCACAUUGGGGUUUUGAAUGUUUGCUUUCAGUGUUGGCUAUUUCUAUGUUUUAUAAACCAAAAUGGAAUUUCCAAAAACAAUGAAGGAAACCAAAAUAAAUAUUUCUGCAUUUCAA